AUGGAUCAUCAGAUUCUCCGUAUUUCUUUGAUUUUAUCUCUCAACAUUUUGAUCCCGUGUCAAGGGAAUUUUACGACAAUCGACUGGAGCCUAUUUGACGUGCCUGAGGAGGAUGCCCAGUUUCUCGUCAAUAUCCAGGCUCUAUAUAAUGAGUUGUUCAUUUCACGGGAAUAUCGCAACGAUCUGUCGCCGGUUUUUGGGGCCUCCAAACAGAAUCGCUCACAUAACCCGGUGCCGAAAUACAACGUGCUCGUUUUGCUACAGUAUAUCCAGCUGCUAGGCAUCGAUGCGCAAUCUCAACUGGCGAGUUCGUCGAUAGAAAUUGAAUAUAAAUUCUUUGACCCGCGAUUGGUCUGGAAUAUCUCUGACUAUGGUGGCGUUGAGUCGAUCAACAUCCGAGCCAACAACCUCUGGCAACCAUCAAAUGGCAUGUCAAACGCAAAAACGCUCCAAGUCGUCUACCCCGAUAUCUUUAAUACGGGAAUGAUAUAUGCAAAUGGGACAGUGGUGACCAGCUUUCAAUAUUACGUGGAAUCGCGAUGCGUUAUUGACGUCCGCGAAUUCCCGUUCGAUGAACAAAUUUGCACCCUGGACUUUUUCAACAACGCUUACGACUAUGAUUACGUCAAGCAGACUGGCGGGCUCUUCACUAAGUACGACGAAGCUACUAUUUUUGACAAUGGUGAAUGGACUUUUGUCAACAUCUCCAUGCUUUAUUCGAUCACCAACGUAAAUUUGCCGAAAUAUGAUUUUGAGGAGCAGCUUUCAAAACUGAGUAUCGGGCUUACAAGUAUGAUGUCGAUGACGAUAUUUGUGGAAAUGCUAUCAAACGAAAUUCCAAGGAAUACUACUUUUCCGCUUUUAGGCUGGUUCGUGAUCAUCGAUGUAAUAUUAGUGUCAAUAGCAUGCGUCGUACUCGUCACCCUACCUUUCGAAAAACAGCAAUCAACGAAAAACUUGGAAUCUGGAGGUUUACGCAUCUGUUUUAUUUAUUGCAAAGCGAAUUUGACGUCAAUAGACUGGAGCUUGGUCGACGUGACUGAAGAGAACGGGGAGUUUGUAUUGAACGUCCAAAAGUUGCACAAGGAGUUAUUUAUUGCCCGUGAUUACCGUAGUGAGCUGUCGCCCGUGUUCUCCGCAUCCAAACGGAAUGGCUCAGAUAAUCCGGUGCCAAAAUAUAAUGUGCUCGUGCUGCUACAGUAUAUACAGUUGCUGGGCGUCAAAUAUUUUGACCCGAGACUAGUCUGGAAUACCUCGGAUUACGGUGACGUCGAGUCGAUCAAUAUCCGUGCCAAUUUCCUCUGGCAACCAUCCAACGGCAUUUCGAACGCAAAAACGUUCGAAGUCGUUUACCCAGAUUCGUUUAAUACUGGAAUGAUAUAUGCAAAUGGGACGGUGGUGACGAGUUUUCAAUAUUACGUGGAGUCGCGCUGCGUCAUUGAUGUCCGCGACUUCCCGUUCGAUGAGCAAAUCUGCACACUCGAUUUCUUUAACAACGCCUACAAUCUGGACUACGUACGCCAAACCGGUGCUCUAUUCACGAAAUAUGAUGAGGCCGUGAUUUUUGACAAUGGCGAGUGGACUUUCACUAAUAUCUCUAUCCUCUACUCGGUCCCAAACGUCAGGCUCCCAAAAUAUGAUUUUCUGAGCAUCGGGUUGACAAGUAUGAUGUCGAUGACAAUAUUUGUGGAAAUGCUCUCCAACGAGAUUCCCAGGAAUACGACAUUUCCACUUUUAGGUUGGUUCGUGAUCAUCGAUGUAAUAUUGGUGUCAAUAGCAUGCGUCGUACUCGUCACUCUACCUUUUGAAAAGCGAAGCUCCACCAAGGCUUUGGAUAAUGCGGACUUUAGCAACUGGGCGAUAUUCCUUCGAGACUGGAUCUUCUCCCGGCACUUCUUCAUUUUCUUCACCUUCCAAAUGGCGAACGUCGUCAAUUUUAUCGUAUUUAUGUCAUAUUGGCGA